UUUAUGCUCUUUGUACGCCAACUAGUUCAUAGGCUUUUACGUUUUAUAUAACCGCAUUUAGCUAGAUAUAAAACGUUUUUUAACAGUGUUUAGUUUUGCGGUCAAUUUAGGCAGACAUGUCAGUUGCAAGUUUCCUGGCUCGUGCCACAGUUUCCGGUCAACGUCUGGCAGCAUUUGGAUUUCAGCAAGUUCGCACCAAAUGGACUGACUGGCGGAUGAUCAAGGAUAACCGUCGACGGAAGUGUGUUGUCGAGCAUGCUAACGAUCGGUUGCGGAUCAAUUCUCUUCGCAAGAACACCAUCCUGCCGGUUGAACUUCGGGAGGUUGCCAGUGCAGAAAUUCAUGCAUUUCCAAGGGAUUCGUCGCUGGUUCGGGUGAGGGAGCGCUGUGCCGUUACCUCGCGAUCCCGUGGAAUUGUGCACCGAUGGCGUGUAAGUCGCAUUGUUUGGAGACACUAUGCAGAUUACAAUAAACUUUCGGGUGUACAGAGAGCUAUGUGGUAAAUAAAUUAUGGAAGUAAU